CGUGCGCGUCAGUCACCGCCGGCUCGACCAAUGGCGGCGCCCGUGAGCCCGUGACUCCUCCCCAGUGUAUAAUUGAAGUUUCUUUAGUUUCUCCGGCGGAGCCCGCACGCAGUAUUGUCCGAUCCGUGGAGGGAUUAAAUACACAUCGGCGGGGAGCAUGUUUUCCAGGAGCCUGAGCGCGUCCGUGACCCUGUGCUUGUGGAUUACGGCGUUAACGAGCCCGGGAAGUGUGUGCGCGAGGAAGCAGGACGACUCUUUCUUCACUGCCAGCAUUUACCGAGCGAGAUGCGCCUCGAGAUGCCUCAGCCUGCACAUCACCCGCAUCUCCGCUUUCUUCAAGCACUCGCAGAAUAAUGGAUCCUUGGUGUGGUGCCAGAAUCACAAGCAGUGCUCCAAGUGCCUGGAGCCCUGCAAGGAAUCCUGGGACCUGAAGGAAAACCAGUGCCAGGAUUUAUGCGAGCCCCUCUUUCCCAAGAAGCAUUAUGAGUGUCUGACGAGCUGCGAGUUCCUGAAGUCGGUAGAGGGAGUGAAGCAAGGCGACUGUCCUGCUCCGGAGAAGGCCAGUGGCUUUGCAGCGGCCUGUGUGGAGAGCUGUGAGGAGGAUGGAGAGUGUUCAUCCGUGAAGAAGUGCUGCUCCAACGGCUGUGGCCACACCUGUCAGCUGCCCAAGAACCUCUACAAAGGAGUCCCACUGAAGCCGAGGAAAGAGCUGGUGUUUUUGGAGCAGCCGUCGGGUCAGCUGGAGAUCCGCUGGUCGUCCAAGUUCAACAUUUCCGUGGAGCCCGUCCUCUAUGUGGUGCAGCGCCGCUGGAAUUAUGGCAUCCACCCCAGCGAGGAUGAUGCCACGGAGUGGCAGACUGUGGCACAGACUGCAGAGGAGCGCGUCCAACUGGCCGACAUCAGAGCCAGCAGAUGGUACCAGUUCAGAGUGGCUGCAGUCAACGUGCACGGGACCCGAGGCUUCACCGCGCCCAGCAAACACUUCCGCUCCUCCAGAGAUCCUUCCGCCCCUCCCAGCCCGACAAGCCUGCGCGUCGCCAACGUGACCGUGGGCGAGGAAGGCCUCGUGACGGCCCGUCUCAACUGGACCCUGCCAGAGGAGCCCGACAUCCCCAUACAUCACUACAAAGUGUUCUGGAGCUGGACCGUGCCCACCAAGUCCAUGGUGCCAUCCAAGAAGAAAAGGAGAAAGACCACCAACGGGGCGCAGAGCUGGGUGGAUCUGGAGGGGCUUCAGCAGAACAGCAGCUACACUGUGGAGCUGCAGGCUGUCACGUACUGGGGACAGGUGCGACUGAAGAGCGCCAAGGCCUCCCUCCACUUCAGCACCAGCCGGCAUAACGAGUCAGUGAAAUCAGCGCUCAAGCCGAAGAAGGAGGAGAUAUCCCCUGUCGGUUCGACCAUGGCCAAACGCCCGUCUGGCCCUCUCGAGGUGGGGACGCCCUUCUACCAGGAUGGCCAGCUGCAGGUCCGCAUCUACUGGAAGAACCGGGGAGACCCCACUGUGAGUCGCUACCAUGUCCAGUGGAUGCCGGAGUACUGCAGCCACAACGAGACCCGAGGCCCAGAGAAAUCCGUCACCCAGGAGAACUACAUCAACCUCCCGGGCCUGCUGUUCUCCUGCAAGUACAAAGUCACCGUUCACAUGCUGAAGUCCAAGAGACGCUCCAAGGACGAGAGCACCACCUUCCUCACCCCAUCCUGCGCCACCAUCCGGAGCAAGACUCACAAACAUAUCCCCUGCCCGGGGGAAGGAGCUCCAGGACUUCCAAAGGUUUUGGCCAAGCCAGAGAACCUGACGGCCUCUUUCUCCAUCAAUGAGGGAAACAUCACCGGCAACUUCCUGUGGCGUGUGUCCAGGAUGGCUCCCAAUCAGCGUAUCACAGGCUUCCAGGUCACCUGGGCUGAGAUCACUACAGAAAGUCGGCAAAACAGCCUGCCCAACAGCAUCAUCUCCCAGUCGCAGAUUCUGCCUCCAGAUCAUAACUUGCUUGUCGUGUCCAACCUGCGGCCGUCCACCUACUACAGGCUGGAGGUGCAGGUCAUAACGACUGGAGGAGAAGGUCCUGCCACUGUCAAGACCUUCCAGACCCCCAACAUAUUACCAGUUAUUCAACACCGACCCAGACUCCGGCAGCACCACUCUCACCACCAGAAGCCCUCAGUAGAGAGACACUGAGCUGCAAACAGAGGUAUUAAAAAAAAGAAAAAAAAACCCAACAGGGAGAAUCACCAGUGGCUCUCUGCUCCAGUCUGUCAGGGAAGGAACGUGUGGAACCAAACAGAAACACAGCGCACCAGACCAUGAACUGACCCCCCUCUGCUUGUGAAACAUGGGUCCAUCCUCUCCAGGCUCCACAACACAUCAGCUAUUCCUUCUUUAAAAAAAAAAAACCCUCUGUCUUGACUGAUACGCGUCACUGGACGGGUUGGUCUGUACAGUGAAAUUUAUACCCGAAGGUCUCAUAUUCAGUGUUGGGCAGCACACAGCUCCCCAACACGUCCCCAACUCACCAGGAAGUUAUGACAUGUUAAAAAAAAAAAAAAAAAAAAAAAAGUAAGGAACCUUUAAAGGGGGCACUGUGUAGUUCUGGAAAAGAAAAUAGAACUGGUGUGAUACUAAUGAAAACUCAGAAAUAUUCAUGUUUUCCGUAACUGAAUAAACAAGCUGUCGUCAGAGGAAAAUGCGGUGCUCAGAACACUGUUCGAAGCUCGAAAGGUGGCAGGGUCCGCCAGAACAAAGUCAAACGGUAUGAAAUUGUGUUGUCUUUUUAAUAUUCACUUUGUUUAUUCAGUUUAUUCAGUCAUGGAAACAAAGAGAGUUUGUUUAAUCAGUGUCAAAAUCAGUCAGUCCCCAAAGCUACAUAGUGCUUUAAGAUGCUCGCAAUCCAGAUGUCGUUGUCGUGGCAACGCGAUGUAACAAAUUUGAUUGGAUGAUUGAUGACAAGCGAUUUACGGUUUAGGGGGAAAAAAACUUUGGUGACCUGAUUGAAGACGGUCGGACCCGGACGGCAGGAAAUGCCAGAACUGUAAAACAACUGUUUAUCGAAAGAAACGUAGAAAUUCAUCUAUUUAUUUUGUGUUACCCGUUAAAGAGGCGCUUAGGCACACAGUCAAUACUGAUGGAUAAUGUAACUAAAGUCAUUGUUGUCUAACCCAGAAUAUUCCACAUAGUAAUGUUGCAUGUAGUACAUUCAAUUUUUAAACCUGUAAAUGAAUUACUUGCUUCAAAUUGAAAGCCUGUGAUGGUUUUUGCAUGACAACCGUUCGCAUUCUGUUGGCAUGAGAUGAUGUCUGUGUUACCUCUUUUUUCAGUAUGUUAGCAAUAUUUCAUUAACAGAUUAACAAAGAAUUAUAUUGGGAGUAAUAUGUUAUGUUUAUUAAUGAAAUUAUAACUUGUGUGGAAAUGAUGAAUUGUACAUGUUCUUGGCUGUAGAAAUAUUUGUCGUGGAGCAGUCAGUGAAUGUCUAUAUUUAUUUAUGUGUGUAUUACAAAGUUUGGUUUGGAUGUGUGUGGAUGUGUCUGUUCUCGUGUGUUCUAGUCUCAAGUUUUUGAACCUGGUAAAAAAAUCUUGUAAAGACAUUUUGUAAAAAUGGAAUUGUAAAUACAGUCUUAUGUUACAUGUUAUUUUUCCAUGGUAGAAACUGUACAAAAUGCUAAGUAAUAAAAUAACCCUUAACCAGUU